AUGAAUACAAACUUCAUGAGCACCUACCGAUUUUGGGCUGGCACUUCUAUAGCUUCUUCCAUCUUUCUCGUCCAGCUUGCACCAGAGUACUCGGUUGGUGGCUCAUACAUUUGGACGGCUGUACCGCUUUUCCUUCUGCAAUGGCUUGUGUAUGCGUUCUAUUCCAUCAUUCUAUACCCCAAAUUUUUCAGCCCCUUGCGGCAUCUACCAAGCCCUCCAGGUGCUUCGUUCUUUAUGGGUCAAUUCCCAGCCAUUUUGGCUGAGCCCUCCGGCAUGCCAAUGCGAAGAUGGAUCAACGAAGUUCCAAACAAUGGUCUGAUUCGCUACACACAUAUGUUCAACACGGAACGCCUGUUGAUUACCAGUCCGAAGGCUCUUGGUGAGGUCUUGACCACAAAAAGCUAUAACUUUAUUAAGCCAAAACAAUUACUUAUUGGACUGGGAAGAAUUCUGGGUGUUAGCAUUCUGCUUGCUGAGGGUGAUGAGCACAAGACUCAGCGUAAGAAUCUUAUGCCAGCUUUCAAUUUUCGCCAUAUCAAGGAUUUGUAUCCAGUAUUCUGGUCGAAAUCGAGGGAGUUUGUUGAGGCCUUGCAGACAGAACUCGAUAAGAAGGCGCCUGAUGAUGUUGUCGAGAUUGGUGGUUGGGCGAGUCGAGCCACCCUGGACAUCAUCGGUGUUGCUGGGCUAGGUCAGGACUUUGGUGCCCUUCAGAACCCUAACACCGAGCUAAAUACGACUUACGGGAAAAUCUUUACACCCAGUAAAGAGCAACAGUGGCUGGGUCUUCUAUCAAUGUUCAUCCACCCGAAGAUCAUUCCGAAUCUUCCGAUCAAGCGUAACGACGACAUGUUCGCAGCUCAGCGGGUCAUACGUACUAUAAGCCGAAAUCUUAUUCGCCAGAAGAAAGCAGCAAUGGAGAAGAACGAGAAGCGGGAUAUCGAUAUCAUCUCUGUUGCUCUCGAAUCUGGUGGCUUUAGUGAUGAGAAUCUUGUGGAUCAGAUGAUGACGUUCGUUGCCGCUGGCCAUGAGACCACAUCAUCGACGUUGACGUGGGCCGUCUACGAGCUUUGCAAAAAGCCAGAAGUUCAGACGCGGUUGCGAGAAGAGAUACAUGCUAACAUUCAAUCCCUGCACGAACCAAUAGACGCAGCUAAGCUCGAUAAUAUCCCGUACCUCCAUGCCGUUUGCAACGAGACCCUCCGUCACAAUGCACCCGUGCCUCUGACCUUGCGUGAUACUGCCAACGAUUGCACCAUCGCCGAUACUUACGUGCCCAAAGGAACUAAAAUCAUCCUUUGCCCAUGGGCAGUCAAUUUCAGCAAAGAGUUGUGGGGUCCGGACGCCUUUGAGUUCAACCCUGAUCGAUGGAUGGGAUCCGGAAGAGCUAAUACUGGAGGAGCAGAAAGCAAUUAUGCUAUGCUGACCUUCUUACACGGACCAAGAAGCUGCAUUGGCCAAAACUUUGCAAAAGGAGAAUUCGCGUGUCUUCUUGCCGCUUUGGUGGGCAAGUUCGAGUUUGAGAUGAGAGAUCCGAACGAGGAGAUUAAGAUCCAGGGUGGUGUCACAGCACGUCCAAGGGACGGCAUGCACAUCAAGCUCAAGGUUGUCGAAGGAUGGUGA